AUGAUGCACACCGCAUCAAGGGAGAAAGAGAAGGGAGAGAAAAGAGGGGAGAGGAGAGGAAAAAGUCUUGGAGAUGAAGGGGAGGGAAAGAAGGUCGGGGAAGAGGGGAGAAAAAGAGAAGAGAAUGGGAAGGGGCGGGAAGAAAGAGGGGGAGAAGACAGGGGGAAAAAGAAAGACAAGGGGAAGAAAGUAGGGAAGCAAGAGGGAGGGGAGAAAAAGAGAAGAGAAUGGGAAGGAGAGAAAGAGGGGGAAAAGAAGGGAAAAAGAAUAAGGGACGAAAGAGAGGAGGGAAGUAAGAGGGGAAGAGAGAAGGGGGAGAAAAGGAGGAGAGAAAGGGAAGGGGAGAUAGAGGGGGGAGAUUUAGAGGAGAGAAAGGGGAGGAAAGAGAAAGAGAGGAGAGAAAGGGGGAGGGAAAAGAGGAGGGAAAGAAAGAGAGGAGAGAAAGGGGAGGGAAUAAGAUUGGAGGUAAAGAGGGGAAAAAAGAGGUGGGAGAGCAUAUGA